UUCGACAGUCGAUAUCCACAAACUGAUUGGUUAUCUGAAGGCUCAUCAUAUCAAGGAUCAAAUGUGAAUACUUAUGGUUUAUCAAGGCGACCAGAUUUGUCGUUACCACAAUCAAACCCUUCACCACCACCCCCUCGGCCACCAACAAGUUUUGGUCAAAACUUCGCCGUAUACGAUCCAGUAACACGACAACGAACAACCGCUUUUGAUCGCAACUGCACAGCUCCUGGUUGUUGUGUUCCUAAAUGUUUGGCCGAAAAGGGAAGCAGAGGUUUCCCAGGUGCACCUGGACCCCCAGGCUCAAGAGGUCUUCCCGGUCACGAAGGGGCUGAAGGUCCACAAGGUCCAAAAGGUCAAAAAGGACAAGUAGGCCCUCAAGGACCACGGGGACCUAAAGGUGAUCGAGGGAAGCCUGGUGAACAAGGUUUUCCUGGUUUAGCGGGUCCUCCGGGACCGCAAGGUGAGACAGGUGCCCCCGGUAUUCCUGGACGAGAUGGUUGUAACGGUACAGAUGGUGAACCUGGUGUAAUGGGUCCGAAAGGUAUACAAGGGCCUCGUGGAUUACCAGGUUCUAAAGGUGAAAAAGGUGACAAAGGAGAACCGGCUCAUAUUGGACGCUAUCCAAAAGGACAGAAAGGUGAACCGGGAGCGGAUGGUAUGCAAGGACCUCCUGGACCGGUUGGUCCCACAGGGCCUACAGGAUUACCUGGUCCAAGGGGAGAUACUGGACCAAUGGGCUUGCCUGGGUUUAAAGGUGAUAAAGGUGCUAAAGGUUCUAAGGGACAAUCUAUACAAGGUGAUAAAGGUGAUAGAGGAGAUAGAGGUGACAAAGGACUAAGUUGUCCUGCAGUAACCUUACCUUCAAUAGAUAAUAAAGGCGCUAUAAAAGGAGUACAAGGAGAUAUGGGACCCAAGGGAGAAAAGGGUGAACCAGGUAGAAUGGGAGAAAAAGGUGAUCUGGGACCUAUGGGUGAACCAGGUCUUCCUGGACAAAUGGGUAUUAAAGGAGAGAAGGGUAUAAGGGGUAACCCAGGAGAAAGAGGUCGAGAUGGCAUGUAUGGUGCCCCUGGGCCGCUUGGACAAAAAGGUGACAGAGGUUAUGAUGGUUUAGCUGGUCUUCCUGGCAGACCAGGUGCUAAAGGGGAACCUGGCAAAGAUGGAGCACCAGGACCAAGAGGAUUAAAAGGUGUGCCUGGGCCACCUGGUGGUCGAACAGGUUCUCGUGGACCACCUGGACCAGUAGGUCCUAGAGGAUAUACUGGACCUGCUGGUCCACCUGGCACUGAUGGCAGACCUGGGGAGUUGGGAGCACCAGGUCCAAUGGGUCCACGUGGUGGUCCGGGUGAACCUGGUAAUCCAGGUAUUGAAGGCCAGCCAGGUCAUAAAGGAGAAAAAGGUGAACCUGGUCUCAACGGUUUGCCAGGAGAAUUAGGACCAAGAGGAUAUGAUGGGCCUACAGGACCACAAGGGCCCAGAGGACCUAAAGGAGAAGAUGGUUUCUCAAUACCUGGUCUCAAGGGAAGUAGCGGUCAACCAGGUUACCCAGGAGACAAAGGUCAAAAAGGCGAAAAAGGAUAUCCAGGCUUACGUGGUGUUCCCGGUAAUUCUACUUUAGGCACGCCAGGUAGCCCAGGUGAAAUGGGUCCUCCAGGGGAAAAGGGCGAAAAGGGUACUCCAGGAUUUAACGGCCUGCCCGGCAGUCCUGGUCAGAAAGGAGAUAUAGGAGGUCGUUGCAAUGAUUGUAGGCCUGGUGGUCCAGGUCCUAAAGGUGAUCGUGGCUUAGAUGGACUCCCUGGACAACGUGGAGACAGGGGACCGAUGGGUCCAGUAGGAUUACCAGGAGAAAGAGGAUCUGAUGGUAUGAAUGGUGCACCUGGAUCCGCUGGAGCGCCGGGUGAACGUGGUGACGAAGGACCUAUGGGUUCACCGGGAGAAAACGGCGCGGAUGCUAUUAUACCUUCUAAUCUAGUUAAAGGCCCACCAGGAGAACGAGGUCCUCCAGGUGAAAAAGGUGCAAUGGGUCCUAAAGGCGACAGAGGUGUAGACGGGCUACCAGGAGACAGAGGUCUUAGUGGUAUGCCAGGUCAGAAAGGCGAUCAAGGUAGAAUGGGACCACCUGGAAUUGAUGGAAUACCCGGAUCCGAUGGAUCACCAGGAUUGCCAGGAUCAAAUGGUUUAUCAAUUAAAGGUGAAAAGGGUUCAUUUGGAGAUCAAGGACAAAAGGGAGAUAAAGGCUUUUCAGGAAAAGCAGGAGAAAAGGGUGAACCAGGUCAAUGUCCUAUUGAAUUAAAAGUUCUAACAAAAGGCGAAAAGGGAUCUCCUGGAGCACCAGGUCCACAGGGGCCUUUAGGUAUGCCCGGUGAAAAAGGUGAUAGAGGUCUGGCAGGACGAACUGGAGACAAAGGUGAAAAAGGUAUACAAGGCCGACCUGGAGCAGUUGGUGCUCGUGGUUUCCCUGGUCUUAAAGGUGACAAAGGAGAGCUCGGUGCAAUAGGAUUCCCUGGCACACCAGGAGAUACUGGACCCAGAGGAUACCCCGGUAUACCAGGCUCAAAAGGAGAUAAAGGUGAAGUAGGGCCUUCUAUGCCAGGACCUCCUGGUCUCCCCGGCUUAAAAGGAGAUAAGGGAGAUCAAGGUCUCAUAGGUAUAGCAGGAAAACCAGGUAAUGACGGCCCUCCUGGACCGAUUGGCUUACAAGGUGAAAAAGGAGAUUUAGGUUUUGCAGGACGUCCCGGUCUUCCUGGAGCACCAGGGUUAAAAGGUGAUCCUGGUCCUAUUGGGCCACCGGGAAUACCAGGAAUUCCAGGAACCCCAGGAAGAGAUGGACCAAAGGGACAACAAGGCUACCCAGGUUUACCUGGAAAACCCGGUGUAAUUGGAUUACCAGGUCAAAAAGGUGAAAUAGGAAUGCAAGGACCAGAUGGGCCAAAAGGUUUUCCUGGACCUCGUGGUCACCCAGGAUUACGAGGUAUAACAGGUGUUGAUGGAAACCCAGGAGAAAAAGGAGACAAAGGAGAAAUGGGUUUCGCAGGUAUACCUGGCGAAAGAGGUCUUGAUGGACAACCUGGACCAAUUGGUAGUCCCGGCAUUAAGGGUGAUCAAGGGUAUCAAGGACCACCAGGAAUUCCUGGGCGACCCGGCAAUCCAGGAGAAAAAGGAGAUACAGGUCGGCCAGGGCUCACUGGACCAAAAGGUGAACCAGGUCUGGCAUCAGAGAAAGGAGAUAAAGGAGAACAGGGACUGCCUGGAAUAAGAGGUGCAGAUGGGAGACCAGGCCUAAAUGGAGAAAAAGGAGAUAAAGGAGAAAGUGGUUUACCUGGUAUUGGAAUUCCCGGUCCACAAGGCGAAAAAGGAGAUGUGGGUCAACCUGGUAUAGACGGAUUCCCAGGUGAAAACGGAGCUAAAGGCGAUCGAGGUCUACCUGGCUCAAUGGGUAUAAAAGGUGAUAGAGGAUUGACAGGAGAGACAGGGCGACCAGGCGUGCCAGGCAUGGAUGGGGCACCGGGCCCACAAGGUGACAUUGGAUUGCCUGGAAUUGACGGAGAAAAAGGAGACAAAGGAGAAAGAGGUUUUCCUGGACGUGACGGCCUUGAUGGGGUUAAAGGCGAGCGAGGUUUAAUGGGUCCACCAGGCAUAAAAGGAUCAAUAGGUUUUGUAGGACUUAAGGGGGAUCGAGGAUUACCUGGUCCAUCCAUAAAUAUAAAAGGUGAAAAAGGAGAUAUCGGUCCACCCGGUAUCGCUGGUGCUAAAGGACAAAAAGGUGAAAGAGGUUUAGAAGGACUUCAAGGUAUUCAAGGAGCAAAAGGCGAUCGUGGAUUUACAGGCCUUAAGGGCGAAAUGGGAAGAACAGGAUUGUUCGGUGAAAAGGGUGAUAGAGGUCCAUCAGGUCCUUCAGGUAUUCCUGGCCUUACAAUAAAGGGAGAAAAAGGACUUCCUGGAUUGCCAGGCAAACAUGGAAGAGUUGGUUUACCAGGUGCGACAGGUGAAAAAGGAGAACAAGGCUUGCCCGGUCUACCAGGUCAGACUGGACGACCUGGAACACCUGGUCUUCCAGGACCAAUAGGAGAAAAAGGCGAUCAAGGUCGAGAAGGUGUAGCAGGGCCACCUGGUUUAGACGGAAUUCCCGGUUUACCGGGACCUCCAGGUAUCCCUGGCGACAGAGGGCAAAAGGGUGACAAAGGAGCGAUAGGUUUUGGCGUACCGGGUGUUAAAGGAGAUAAAGGACUUCCAGGAAUCCCUGGUUUACAAGGAGAAAAGGGUGAUAAAGGUGAACGUGGAUUUGACGGAGCUAUUGGUGAAACUGGACCUAAAGGUAAUCAAGGUGAAAAAGGUGACCGCGGUUUCCCAGGUAGGCCUGGUUUACCAGGAUUUAUAGGUGAAAAGGGUGACAAAGGUGAAGCUGCAGCUAUUGUAUAUGGUGCUAAAGGAGAACAAGGACUUCCAGGACUGCCAGGACAAGAUGGCCUUCCAGGGAUUGACGGGCCACCAGGUCCACCAGGACUGGACGGUAGCCCAGGACUGAAAGGAGAUAAGGGUUAUCCAGGGCCUAGAGGACCUAUAGGUCCAGUCGGUCCACGAGGCUUAACUGGACUUCAGGGCGAGAGGGGUGAUAUAGGUCGAACAGGAGCACCAGGUUCACCAGGAGCUCCUGGUGCACCGUGUACUAAUACUGACUAUUUAACAGGAAUACUUUUAGUUCGUCAUAGUCAAACUGAAAUAAUACCUCAAUGUGAACCAGGCCAUGUCAAACUAUGGGACGGAUAUUCGUUGCUUUAUAUUGACGGAAACGAAAAAGCUCAUAACCAAGAUUUGGGACACGCUGGGUCUUGUAUUAGAAAAUUCAGUACUAUGCCAUUCCUAUUUUGUGAUCUUAAUGAUGUAUGUAAUUACGCUAGUAGAAAUGAUCGGAGUUAUUGGUUAUCAACAAAUCAACCCAUACCUAUGAUGCCCGUGGAAAGCAAUGAAAUUUCUAGAUAUAUUUCAAGAUGUGUGGUUUGUGAAGUACCUGCCAAUGUUAUAGCUGUACACAGUCAAACAUUGGAUAUACCAAACUGUCCUGGAGGAUGGAGUACGUUAUGGAUCGGUUACAGUUUUGUUAUGCAUACUGGUGCUGGAGGACAAGGCGGUGGUCAAGAACUAGCCAGUCCCGGUUCUUGUCUUGAAGACUUCCGUGCUACGCCUUUUAUAGAAUGUAAUGGAGAAGGUGGUACAUGUCAUCACUUUGCCAACAAACUCAGUUUCUGGCUAACACCUAUUGAAGACAAUAAACAAUUCUCUAUGCCAGAACGCGAAACGCUCAAAAACGGACGACUCCUACAAAGAGUGGCAAGAUGUGCGGUUUGCAUUAAAAAUACUACACAGUAUCGAACCCAAUAUUAAUAUUUGCUUUCCUAAAAUACUUUUAAAAGUAGUUAGUAUAAAAAAAAACUAAAAUUUCCUAUAUAAUAGCUACAGGAAACAAACAAUUUGUCAAAUCAUUCAAAAUAAUAACUGUACACCAAAGCAUUGUAAGCUUAAGAAUUAAAAGUUAAGUAUAUACUAUUUAA